CAUAUGGCCGUAUCUCAUAGUUAUUAUAAUACAAUACAUUCGAAAACUCCAUUUUGCUGUUAGAGCAGGAGGAAGCUCAUAACCACGUUAACUGUUCUUCGUUCUGGUCCCUCCCUCGUUUCUCAUCAACAUACCCAGCAACAUGCAAGCCUCUUUCUCACACUCCUUUCUCUCUAAGAUUUUCCUGCUUUUGAUCUUGUCAUGUUUUGUGGCCACCAUUGAAGCUUCUAAGAAGCAGGUCUCAGCCAUGUAUGUGUUUGGAGACUCCACAGUAGACCCUGGAAACAACAACUUCAUAGACUCCGCUUUCAGAAGCAAUUUUCCACCAUAUGGUAGAGAUUUUGUUAACCAAGUUCCCACAGGAAGGUUCACCAAUGGGAAGCUUGGCACUGAUUUUAUUGCUUCAUAUUUAGGCCUAAAAGACUUGUUACCACCAUAUUUGGAUCCGAAUCUCAGCGACAAAGAAAUCGUAACGGGUGUCAGCUUUGCCUCUGCUGGUUCUGGCUUUGAUCCACUAACUCCAACUUUGGGUAAUGUGAUUUCAAUACCAAAGCAAUUGGAACAUUUUAAAGAAUACAAAAAGAGGUUAGAGGGUAUGCUUGGUGAGCGAAAAACCGAACAUCAUAUGAACAGUGCUUUCUUUUUCAUCAGCGCGGGUACAAAUGACUACGUUAUUAAUUAUUUUUCUGUGCCGAUACGAAGAAACUAUACUCCAUUAACCUAUGGACAGUUCUUGCUUCAGCAUGUUAAAGAUUUCAUACAGAAUUUAUGGAAAGAAGGUGCAAGAAAAAUAGCUUUGGUUGGACUACCUCCAAUGGGGUGCUUACCGAUCGUGAUCACAUUGAAUUCCCAUAAUGUGAUUUUCGAGCGUGGUUGUGUAGACAAGUAUUCAGCUGUUGCGAGACAUUACAAUAUGAUGCUUCAACAUGAAUUGUUCUUAAUGCAACUAAACUUCUCCAAUGUUCCUCUGGGUGCCAAAAUCUCGUACAUCGACAUAUAUGAACCCUUGAACAAUAUGAUCCAAUCGCAUGAAAAUUUUGGUUUUGAUGAAGUUGAUCAUGGUUGCUGUGGAAGCGGUUACAUCGAAACAACCUUUAUGUGUAAUGGGUUUUCAUUCGUGUGCUCUGAUCCAUCAAAGUUUGUCUUCUGGGAUUCAAUACACCCUACGGAAAAGGCAUACUUUCGCCUAUUUAUGGUAGCUCGUCCCAACAUCGAUGCCCUAAUUAACGCCUAGAAUCGAUUCCUCUCGUUUAUAUAUUAUAUACACUUGUUAAUUCUAUUUGCUUAGUGUUGGAAAUUUAGAAUAAAAAGUCUUGUUUGUACCAAACUAAAAGGGCUUUAUGGAAAAUAGAAAAAUAACAAGUUUU